AUGCAACAGACACUGUUCUGGCUUAUUUCCAGAGAGCCCUUGCCCGACAUCCUUUUCGCUUUAUUCCCAGAGCAAGAGUGGGCUUCACGUCUUGGUGACUAUAUGGUCACAGCGACAGUGGCCUGCUUCGUGCUGCUUCUGAUCUUCCAUCGAUCUCGUUCCAUCGUAGCUCGUCGUUUUAUGUUCAUCGCUGGCACACUCUAUGCAUUUCGAUCCAUCACCCUUAUCGUUACGCAACUUCCUCCAGGUGAGCAGCUCUGGAUUUGA